AUGGCAACUUCAAGUUCUAGAGGGCAAUUGUUAUAUGGACCUGAAGAUCCGUCAGUUCUAUAUCUUCAGAAACAACACAUAUCAAAUAAACUACUGACGGAAGGCACAUCACAUAUUUUCAAAGUUCGCCGGACGGAAAGUAAGACAUGGGAUGUGGAUAUUCAUGCCAAUGUGAGGCAUUGGCUUAACAUGUUUGGUUUUGGAGGCGUGAUCGAAUGUGGAAAGUCGAUGAAGGUCGACAACGAGCUUAUAACUGCUUUGAUUGAGCGUUGGAGGCCGGAGACACAUACUUUCCAUCUACCGGUUGGAGAGGCGACAAUCACCCUAGAAGAUGUGCAAGUCAUGUGGGGCUUGAGAGCGGACGGUCGUGUUUUCACAGGCCGUGACCAUCAUACCAGAUAUGAUGAUUGGCCCAGCAAGUGCCGAGAUUUGUUGGGAUGGAUACCCGAUGCAGCAUCAGAGACAAAGCAAGGCGGUAUGCUGAUGACCGCUCUGAUCAACCAAACAAGGAUACCUUUGGGUGAUGACCUACCUCCUUAUGUCUACAUCCAAAGGGCACGUAUCCAUGCCUUAAUCUUGUUAGGAGGACUGAUUCUACCAGACACUACUGGGUGUAAGGUUCCUUUCAUGUGGCUAAAUGCAUUUGAGGAUCAAGACGAUGUGAUAAAUAUUAGUUGGGGAAGUGCAGCUUUAUCGUACUUGUAUCAUUAUAUGUGCGAGGCUUCCAUGGACAAGAGGAAAGAGUUGGGCGGGCCCAUGAUUCUUCUGCAGCUUUGGGCGUGGGAAAGAAUGCCUACAUUGAGGCCGUCAUUCGUAGUAGCGCCUGUGCACGAGCCGUAUACGCCAUGUGGCGCCAGGUGGAAAGGAACUACUCAGAUAGGAAAUGCUCCUAGAUAUUCGGUGGAGCAUUACCGUGAUCAAAUAUCCUUGAUUAAACCUGGCCAGUUUGUAUGGACACCAUAUGUGGAUCGCAUAUUGCCAGACUACUGCAAUGAUGUGAAUGAGUGCUAUAUGUGCGACACUUAUUUGGUAUGUUGGUCGUAUGUCGAGGCGCAUGAGGCUGGACGAGUGCGCAGACAAUUUAAUCGAUACCAGGGGAUUCCUCAAUCCAUAGAUAGGAUGCUCAAAAACGCCGAUCAUUUACAAAUGAUCGGCGUGGUAAGAAGGGUACUGAUUGGGAAAAGAUGCAUCAGUUCUUCAUUGGGGAGUGGGACAUGA